AUGCCCUCCGCACCUAUAUACCUAUACUCUCUGCACCUACGCCCUCUGUCCCUACGCCUACGCUCUCUAUACCUACCAUCUCUGCACCUACGCCCUCUGUCCCUACGCCUAUCCUCUCUAUACCGAUAUGCCUGGUAUACUACUACCCCUACUACCCAUAUACUAUUACCCGGACCGUACUAUUACCCCUACCGCUAUUACCCUUACCACGAUUACCCUUACCACGAUUACCCUUACCACGAUUACCCUUACUACCCCUACUGUAUCACCCUUACCACGAUCACCCUUACCACGAUCACCCUUACCACGAUCACCCUUACCACGACCACCCUUACCACGACCACCCUUACCACGAUCAUCCUUACCCCGACCACCCUACCCACUUACGCUAUUAUCCCCCCAACCAUACUAUCACCCUUACCACGAUCACCCUUACUACCCCUACGCUCUAUCCUACCCCUACCCUCCAUCUCCCUACACUCGGAAUCUCGAUCCCUUCGCCCUAUGAAUACCUAUGCGCCUAUGCUCUCUCCGUCUUGA